GCAUGCGUAGGGUUGAAGAUAAUCGAAGUUGAAAAGCAACAACAGACGGCAAUAUGCUUUCGAAGGAGGAAGAUUAUAUCAAGAAUGAGUAUUACACGAUGAAUUUUCAAUUUUUUCGUUUAAUUGGAUUAAGCCAAAAGACGUCAUCUAAGAACAUAAUUCAUAUUUGUUUUAUUAAUUUCAUGCUAACUUUUGGAAUAUUCGAACAGAUUCAUUUUCUCAUCAUCUCUGAAAAAAAAAUAGUAUUGAUCGCCAAAUUACUGGAAACGACCGUGCCUGCAUUCUGCUUCGCAUCUUGCUAUUGGAAUCUAUUGUUGAAUUAUGGCUUUAUGAAGAAAAUUCUUUAUCGUAUCAAGUCUGAUUGGGAUGAUCUAGCAAACAAACCAGAACUAAUGAUACUGAAGAAAUAUGCUGAAAUUAGUAAACUUUGUACAUUAACAAUCGCAAUCUUUGUUUAUCUUUAUAUUGUAUUUUUGAUAUCUCCAUCAUUUUUAAGUGCAUUUCGAUACGUUUUUGGUGUUAUAAAUGAAACGGAAUUAUUAUUACCAGUUUCUACUGACUAUUUCCAGAAAAACCAAAUGAUUUAUUACAUCGGUCUUACAAUCGAAUAUGUAAUUAUAUUAAUCGCGGGCACGGUAGGGAUUGCUAAUUAUUCCAUGUUUGUAGUAGUAUUCCAGCAUGCUUGUGCACUUCUUUCCAUCGUCCAAUUUAUUGAUUUGAUGAAAUCGUUUUACGAAGAAAUUCAUUUGCUCGAAGAAUUCUUUGGAUUUAUAUUUAUUUUGUUAUUUCAGAUAAUUUCUUUCACUCUUAAUAUAACCGAAGGAUUAACAAAGUUAACAUAUGUUUUUGGAUCUCUUUCUGUAAUAUAUGCUUACUUUUAUCUGGCACAAAAUUUGAUAAAUCACAACGUCGACGUAUUUACAAUAUUCUGUCAAAUUCCAUUUUAUUCGUUAUCUUUGAAGACGCAAAAUUUGUUACUCUUUUUGAUAAUGAGAAGCAUGAGACCAUGCAAUUUAUCGGUGAAGGGUGCUAUUGUUGUAUCCAAUGACCUUUUUGCAACGCUCAUGCGUAAGACAUUUUCUUUUGCUAUGGUAUUUUAUAGCUUGCAAUGAUUUUGAUAAUGAAACACAUAAUAGGAUAGUUAGGGC